AUGCUCUCCCAGUUUAAAAACAUAUCUCCUUGUAGCACAGGAGAAGCUGCAGUCCUCAAGGGCAGCUGCACGAGAAUUUAUCGUCUCCCCCCUUCAUACAUUGGGGAAGCCUCCAUUCCAACAGGAUCGUCCCACAGGAAACCCCUUAUGAUUCCCCGACAGUCUGAGGCAUCCCACUUCCUACCUCUUCAGCGCCAACAAAGCACAGUGGAACCAAUAGGGACUGCUGCAGUGACGAAAGUAGCCGCAGCGGACACAUGCAAUGUCUCGACAGUGCCUAACCAGCUGCAAACCCCAUGUGCUUCUGUGUAUGAGGAUGCAAAGCAGCAAGAGCUUUUGGAGCCAUCUUCCAUGUCAGCCACGUUGCUGCGGCCACCUCCCCAGCAGCACGAGCAGCGCCAGCAGCAGUCUAGGCAGCUUUCAUUGCAAAAAUACGAACAGCAUUCGCAGCUUAAGGCUCAGAAUGAAUGGGAGGUAGAUUCGCUUCUGCCAACAGUAUCAGUUGAAUACCCCCAGCAUGAGUGCGUAACACUGGACCCCAACCAGCAGCCGCAGUUUUCAGUGAAGCAGCAGCUGUGCUUUGACACAAAUCAGCAGCAACAGUACAACCAGCAAGCCGAAUCUGAGCUUCCAGAGGGCGCCAGAGAGCAGCAUGAUCGCCUCGCAGCAGAACUGCUGGCUGUCGAGGAGCAGCUUGCCGAAAAGGAGGCCUUGCUGGCUCUGUUUGAUGGCUGUUUGGAGCAGCAGCAGAAGCUGCAGCUUGCAGAAAAGCUACAGCAGCUACAACAAAAGCAGGAGCAGCAGCAGCAGCAGGAGCUGCUCCUGCUCAGGCAGCAGCAAGAGCUAGCAAGACAGAGGAGGCAAGUCGAGGCGCAGAAACGCGAAGCUGAGGGAGCUUUGUUGCUACUUCAACAGGAAGAAGAAGUACUCAAGAAGCAGCAGGAGCAACAGCGAGCAGCAGUUGAGGAACAACAGAAGGAGCAGCAGCGGCUUAAAGAGCAACAAAAGGCCUUUGAAGAUACGCAGAAAGAGUUUUCAGAAGGAAAAAAGCGACAUCAACAGCACCAGAGGGAGCUGGGCUCCCUGCAUGCACGCCUGCAGCUGCAAGGGGUAGAGCCACCUCAGAAACAGGAGCACCUCGUACAGCAGCCGAAGAUGCUGCAGCAGAGACAGGCAGAUAUGAGGGCGUUUAUACGGGCGCAAGAACCACGACUCCAGCAACAAGCACUGCAGCAGCAUCUAGAACCGCAAUACGAGAUGCAGCAUCAAAGCAUGGAUUACAAAGGUCACCAACUCAUAAAGUCGAACAAAGCCCUAUCGCAACAACAGCAAAAGAGUGACUUGCAGCUGCAGCAUCGUAAUUAUGCACCAUUUCUUUCAAGGAACCGGCUACCCCCACUGAACUCUGCUGAGACGACGACAAAGGGGGCGGAGUUGCCUCUGCUGCAUCAGGCACAAGAACAGCUGCUGCUGCAGACUUCCCGUCAGGAGGAGCUGAACGACAGCAAGCUCCCCCCGCAAGGCUCCCAGUGGUGCUCCUGCGAAGAGUUUGGGGGGGAACCCUCCAUGCCUGCCGAGACGAAUAAGUCUUCAGGCAUCCUCGGCAACGCAGCAGCUGCACCUGAGCCGGGGAGAGAGUCGGGUGACUCUACACGGCUCCCUUCAGCGGAGAGUGCGAGUGCUCACAGAAAUUCUCCAGAGAAGAGCAGCAACGCAAUGCAACGGGAGCUUAUCCAACGGCCUUGUGAGGGCGAAGGCAAAAACACAGCGCAGGAAUCAGUUCCCCGCUGUCGCUCCGAGAUGCCGCGACGCGCCUCGCACUUUUCAGGGGGUGAAGAGGGGCAAGAAAGCGCGCAACACAGCAGCAAGUCUGCAUGUCCACGCCGCAGCAACUCACCCCUCGUGGGUGGCUCCACAUGUCCACCUCGACUGUUGAGAUCGACAGAGUCGCAGCGCUUGAGGGAAAAGUCUCUGCAGGAGCAUCUCAAGAGCCUAAAGGCAGCCAAGAGGCCACUGAAUCCUCGCGGAGCACCCAAGAAGGGGUCAGAGUACUUGCGCCUUCAGUCUGGCGACUCUUCGCGCUCUCAGGGGUCUGAAAACCGCAGCAAAAUGAGCAGCUGGGGAAACAUGCACCAGGGUGCGAGCGAAGCCUCCACAAGAAAUCACUCAAAAGAAGCGCCUCGUCUGCGUUCUCGCACUGGUGGAUCUCGCUCAGAGAUAGACCCCCCUAGUGCCUUUUCUGGGGAGUCUCAGUCCUUGCCUCCCCAGGAGAACCUUGAUAGGAUGCGCGGAUGUCUUCAAAGGGCGUGCUCCCGUCUUCCCAACGAACGCGAUGGAGCAUCCAGCAGCCUUAGGCGCACCCGACAGCAGCAGUUGCGGGAGCUGCUGCAGGAACAACGAAGGGAAAUAAAUCUUUUGCUGUUCAAGAAGCACCAGCUCGAAAGAGCGGCCUCAGGGGAAGGCAUCAUGUCCAAGGAGCAAACGAAGUCUCUUGACCCCUCAAGUAGACUCCAGAUAUUCCCUAGAGAGCCCUACUUGCAGGCGGAAGGCUGCACGUCAUCUGCUGGAGACUUCCCCGGCUGUGUCUGUGGUGGAGAUCACCCGCGAACAGCCUGGGGAUCUCUAGAUGACGCAUUAGCAGAAGUUCACAACAAUCAUUCUGGCCUUCAGCGCUGGACUAAGGUCAAUGAGGGAGUGUACUUUUAUGGUGAUACUCAAGUGUCUCUGAGUUUCACUAAUGGGCGCCUUAUGGCGCAGACCGAUGCAGGGCCAUACAUUUGGAACAAAGGAGCCCGUGGAGACAUACUCAAGUUUAUUAAGGCGUCUGACGAGCGCCGGAUGAGAAAAGAGGAAAGCCUCUAG